AUGAGAGCGUUGCAAUUUUCCCCGCCCGCACCGCGCUAUUGCCGCGUUUUCCACGAGGGGCGCGCCGGCCCCCUCGCCCGCAUCAGCCGGGAAAUCGCGCGUCGCUCGUCUCAGUCCGGCUCAGCCGUCGCGCUACGACGACGCCUGUUAGUCGCGCGCUACGAUCGUGAACCUGCGCUCUCUGCACCAAACGUACGAACUGAGCACGCGCGGCGAAAAUAG